UGAAUUUUGUAUCCAUACAAGGAUAAGUUUAGAAAUUGUAUUGACACAUUUAUAUCCUCCACACACAUCCAUAUAUCAUGUUGUCUAGAGUAGGGUUGAACACUUUCAGAGUGGCACGCAGGAACGCUGCCCAAAACGCUCGUUUCUUAACCACCAAGAACUCCAUUGUUGAUCAUACUAAUGGUAAGGUUAUCAAGUUGAGUGACCCAAACCAUCCAGAAUUAGGAGACUAUCCUAUCAUUACUCCUGUAUUGGCCCAAAGCAAGGAUCCAUACGCCAAGUACGAUGAUCAACAAAACAGAAGAAACAACAACGAUCCUUUACAUCAUGAUGAAGAUAUGUUGGAUAUGUGGUCUCCAGACUAUUAUCAAUUUGUUUCUGACAAGACAGCAUUAAAGCAAAACGGUAUUUUCUUUGGUCUUUUCUUUGGAUUUGGUGCCGUAUUAUAUUACUUCCAAUUGAACCCAGAAAAGCCAGCUAUGCCAAGAUCUUUCCCAUACGGUGGUUUGGCUAAGGAAUUAGGAUCUGGUAGUGCUGAAGAUGAUGAAUUCUAUAGAGUAAAGCCUGACUUGACUGCCGAAACUGAGCUUGGUUUCUUGACCGCUUCUGAACAAAUUGCCGAAAACAGAAAGGUUUAUGAAAAGGCCAACGCUGAAUUCCUCAGCUCAUGAGCAAAUUCGACCAACCUUUUAACUUCCCUGCUCGACAACUCCAUCACACGACCAUCUACACCUCCUACUGUACAACAAUAGCAUCUUAUAAGAAAUAUACACA